UCAGAUUGUGAGUGUAACCACUUGUUUUAGUUUAGUGUAUCAAAUAAUUUAUAAAAUGGGAGUUAAGCUAAUUAUUCUUCUUGGUCUUCUGAUUGGAGUCCUGUACUGCAUACAUAUCCUCGUGAAGGACUACCAAGCCAUUACUGCUGCAAGAGUCUUCCGGUUUUUGUUCAAACGGGACCUCAACUCUGUAAAACAUAAAGUGAACGUUCGCUGGGGAAGAAUACUCCAUUACGACACAAUACAAUGUACUCGGUACAUUUUCUGUGAUCUCGGAGCGCGUCCGCCGAACAACCAACUGAGAGAGGACUUCAUACAAAUGCUUACACUCGAACCAAAAGAAGAAGACGUAGCUGCAUUGGACGUUUUCAAGAAUGCUUACCACUAUGGAAAACAGGCGGGAGGAAUAAAAGAUUCAGACCAGUGCAGAGCUAAACAUCCUAUGUGCCCGUUUAAAAUUGAAUUUUUGUAUCAAGUUAUACAGUACUUAGUACAGAUACAUUAGACCCUUUUAGUUAGUGUAAAGGUGCCAAAAAUGUAAAGUUAGUUUGGAUUUAAUGAUGAAGAUACCAUUGCCAUAGAGUUAGGAAUGUUAGUAAUAUAUUUUUAAAGAGAGAUGUGUACUUUUAUUUUAUG